ACCGGCCCGCGAUAUCAUCCAUAAAGUUCACCAACAAUUGGCUCAAAUGGAAAGCGAGGCUAAAGAUCCGGCGGAAACACACGAACCCAAUCUAUGCGGCAAAUUGUUGACAUUCUUCGGGUUGAAAAAGAAACGCAAAGAAACUAAUGAAUCGGAUUUAGAGGAGAAAGAAAAGAGCAGUUGUUUUUCGUUCAAAAUUCCGCCGUCGAUGAAGAGUAUCCUCAAAGAGAUGCUCGACUUUUCACUCGUCAGAGAGAGUCCAGCGUUCACUUUGCUGUCGGUGUCCAACAUCUUCGGAAUGAUGGGCUUUUAUGUGCCAUUCGUUUAUAUCACCAAAUUUGCUGUCAAUCACGUCUCAGACGGCGAUGAGAUGGUGAAGCCGGACAGCGCAGCCCUACUAAUAUCGGUGAUCGGC